GUCCGCCCGCCCGCUGGGCCCGCCGCCUGGCCCUCCGCAGCGCGCAGCCAGCCCCGGUGGGGACAGAGGACCUGCCGGCAACAGCCAUCACUUCUUAGUGCGUGGUGCUUCCGAGUUUUGCAAAGCACUCUCACUCACACUUACACCUGAGCCUUGUGCGGCCCAGCCCUGAGAUUGCCCCUCUAUACUGAAGAGGAAUCUGGAGCCCAGGAGCGUGCUAUUUCCUCCUGCUAGGCCUCAGUGUCUUGAGAGGAGGCCUGUCCUAUUCCUCUUUCCCCAGAAUCUAGCACAGUGCCUGCCGCUAGUGGGCUCAACGAUCUACCCAGUGCCUCAGAGACCUCCUCUGAGCCCCAUGGACAGUAACGGCACGACCUGCUCUUUUAUCAGACCUUCUGUACCACUGUGUGAUGCUCUUUUCGUGCUGAUCCUUAUGCAAGUCGUUGCAAGGACAGCUAGAAGGGGCCAGGGCCAUAGGUAGGAGUUGUAUGCGAGUGGAAGGUGUUUCAAAGCCUAGGCCCCAGCGUGAGGCCCUGCCACAAGCAGCUAGUAAAUCCCGAGGGGAGGGGAGAGAUGCACAUAGAGACAUAUGGCAUAUAGAUACAAGUCAGUGCAGGACACAUGGCAAACCUCACCGUGGGGCCUAAUCCCUAGCCCCUGGAGCAGUUCCCAGGAAUCUCAGCCCCUUUCUGAAAGUCUGAAUGCAAAGAGGGCUAAAUUAUAGAAGAAGACAGCUGUGGCCCCCAGACACACAAGGGCCAGCUCCCUGGAGAGCUCAACAGUUUGAGGAUGAGGUGCUACUGAUCCAGGAGGCCAAAAAAGAGUGCCGCGGGUCUUGGUACCUACCCGCGGGGAGAAUGGAGCCCGGGGAGACCAUCGUGGAGGCACUGCAGCGGGAGGUGAAGGAGGAGGCCGGGCUGCACUGCGAGCCUCUGACACUGCUGUCUGUGGAGGAGCGGGGCCCUUCCUGGAUCCGCUUUGUGUUCCUCGCUCGAGCCACAGGUGGAAUUCUCAAGACUUCCAAGGAGGCGGAUGCGGAGUCCCUGCAGGCUGGCUGGUACCCCCGGACCUCCCUGCCCACUCCGCUGCGAGCCCAGGACCUUCUGCACCUGGUAGAGCUAGCCGCCCAGUACCGCCAGCAAGCCAGGCACCCUCUCACUCUGCCCCAGGAGCUUCCCUGCAGUCUGGUCUGCCAGCGACUUGUGGCCACCUUUACCAGCGUCCAGACAGUGUGGGUGUUGGUGGGCACAGUGGGGAUGCCUCACUUGCCCGUCACUGCCUGCGGCUUCACUCCCAUGGAGCAAAGGGGUGGCAUCAAGAUGGCCAUCCUGCGGCUGCUACAGGAGUGUCUGACCCUGCACCACUUGGCAGUGGAGACCAGGGGGUUGCUUGGACUGCAACACCUGGGCAAAGACCAUGCAGAUGGCAUCUGCUUGAAUGUGCUGGUGACUGUGGCUUUUCGGAACCCAGGUAUGCAGAGUGAGCCCCCAAAGGUUCGGGGUGAGAACUUUUUUUGGUGGAAGGUGAUGGAGGAAGACCUACAAAGCCAGCUCUUAGAGAGGCUUCAGGAAUCAUCUGUUGUCCCAGUCAACAGAUAGGAAGGUGCCAUUGUUGCACAAGGACCCAGACCCGUGCCCCUGCUCCCCCACCGUGGCUCUCCCUUCCUCUGAGGGAGGCAGGAGAUUGGCAGUCAGGGCUCUUGUUGCACUGGGAGCAGGUGAUUCUCCUAGUUCUCAGGGUGAUUUCCUUCUCUGUGGAACAGGUCCCUGCAUUGCACCAAAAAGACAGUGCCAUUAACCAAACAAGGAGUUCAGAGCUCGUGCCUGUGGGCACGAUGAGGGCACUACUUCCUAAGGGGAUAUGAGAACUUUCUGGACCUGAGAGGGCAUCUACUUGUCAUUUUCCAUGCUUGCCUCAGUAAAGGCCUACAUCCGGAUUCUUGGGCGCUUAGAGCAAGGACUUGGGUUGCUGGGGGAGGUCGUUCCAAGGGAGUGGACCCCUUGUUGAGUAAAUAGGUGGUACUUGCUUUACCUUCCUGCCUAAAUGUCUCUGUGGGGAGGAAAGGAGCAGGAAGGGGGGACUGCAUCAAAAAAGAAUCUCCUCCCCUUGUCCCACCACAGGCACCCAGAUCUUCCCAGACAGCAAGCUGGUGUCCUAGACUGUAGGUGACUGGGGCAGGCAGGCUUCCUACUGUCCACCAUAGCCUCUGUGGCCCACUGGAGCUGUCUUUCUCCUGCCUUCCAGGGUGGGAUGUGUUGACAUUCCCUCCAGCGUUUGAGUGGUGAGAACACUGGAAGCUUCAGGUGGGUGAGGAGCCGUAAAGUAAAAGCCGGUCCUGCCUCUCGGAGGAGUUUCAUCUCCUUGAGCUUCCCUGUUCCCUCCCUGCAUCACUCUGCCGGCCUCCAGGCUCCCACCUCUGCCUUUCUACAACUCCAGCCCAAGCUGGACCAAAACCCUUUAUUCAUCUCCCCUCAGCCCAGCAGAAUCAUGAUAAAAAUUAUUUUUUUUAAACUUUACUACAAUUUAAGGGAAAACCACAGGAAGUGAACAAAGAAAAUAUAUCGUGUGCUACUCACUGCAUGUAAUACAGAUUUCUGGUUUUGAGCAAGGGAAUACUUGACUAGUCUUCCCUUCUGAGGUGACCCCACUCUGACACUGACGGACCAGGAUAAGGCCCCCUUUCCCAUCCUCUCUUGGCUGCCAUCUUGUCUUUCUGGCCUUAGGCUGUGAUAGGAAUCCUCUUGCGCUCUCUGAGGACAAACAUCUCCCACGUGAUGGAAUCAAACCCUUUCACUUGGUUCACUUCUUUCAGUGUCUGAGGGACCCACCAGUCCAUAUCCCUGUUGAAGGGCAAUCUUUGCUCCCACUUUAUUUAGCCUAUAGUUUUCAACCCUGUCCAUUAGAAUCACCUGGAGAGCUUUAAAAACAACUCUGGGCCCACCCCCAGAGACACUGAUUCCGCAGGUAUCAUUAAAAGCAAACCAAGUGAUUGUGGUGUGCACUGAGGUAAGAGCCACUCAACAGCCCUGUCCGAGUUUUCAACUUGCUCUGUCCUGGAGUUCUCUCAACUAACUUCCUGAGAGCACUGCCACAUACAUUCAUCUAGGGACAGGUUUUUAAAAUAGGAGGUCCACUAAAGCAUUCAUACAACUCGCAACAGAAACACCCCAAAA